AUGGAGCGGGGCAGGUGGGACCCAUGGCCACGUCACCAUCUUCAAGCCGUAGCCAGAGAGAAACGCACGCAGUUUCAGUUUCGGGAGUUUACACCCAAAUUGAUUUCGGGCGAUUUAAGCCACCAAUUGACGCACCGUUUCUUCCUACUUAAAUCCAUUCUCUCCUCUCUAUUUCCCUCCAAACGGAACAUCCCGAGAGCCCCAGGCUGCUUGAAUUUUAGCUCGCAAAUUCACUGUACCGGCGAGUUCCCGGGACAAAUUCGCGACCAAGCCAUAUUCAUCUGUGAGCACAUCCGCGGGGAAGUUUUUCGGCGAGUUUCCGGCGAGCGACUGCGCGUGAACCAGGGAGUAGAACACACCAUCGACCCUCCAUCAUUGUCUUCAGCUCGUCGAUUACCUCACGGACGUCGAGGACCAAACGCGAGUUCAUCCACGAUCCAGGGAGCAACCUCUCCUCCAAUUGUGAUUGUGUUGAUUGCAACGAGUGUUUCUGCGAAGAGUGUACCAACUCCUCCUCUCACCAAGGUAUCCCUAGCUGCUGAAGAAGAUGUUAGGAUCACGAGUCUUUGCCCAACAUGUCUGCCUGUGGCAUCCGUGAAGGAAGAGGACUCCAUGCUAUUUGCUUUCCGCUUGAUGUUGAACUCUGAUUUAUGUUUAUGCUAGCCCUUGAGCUAUGCAAGUUGUAUCAAACUAUUUUAUUUCCGCUGGAUCUUAGGUUGUAAUGAAGACCUUUGCUACUUGGUAUUUCA